AUGCCGGUAGUUCAGCACGGAAUCAUACUCACCGUGCUUCCCAUGGCAAGGUUCCUGUUGGCCCUUGUGGGGCUGUUGUGCUGGUUUUCUAGCCGGCACACGAGAGCGUCGGAGAGCGCCAACAACAGUGGGAGCGGGGACAUGUACACCUCGCCCAUGCACUCGUUCCACGCACCAUUCACUGUGAAAGACCUGAACAAAGGAUGGGUGCUCAACUACUCUACAGCUAGCACAAACAAGUACCUAGUGCUCAUCCCAAACGUAUACAACCGAAGGGGGUUCCUUCACCACAGCAAGCCCAUCCUUUCAGACACCCUCAAUAUCGAAUUCAGUUUCCACAUAAAGAACAAAUACUACAAGGAACCUAUAGACCAAAGAUAUUACAAAAGUAACCAGUUAAAAGAAACAAUAUAUAAUAUUUCAACAGAAGAACAGAACAAAAUAAAUGGCUUUGCCUUUUGGCUCUUACCAAAUGAGUUCUCCCUACCAAGUGUGGUAAAUGAUGAAGGAGUGAUGCAACUUGAGGAAGAUCAAUUUGGCUUGUAUGGUUAUAAAAAAGAUUUCAAUGGCAUCGGGGUAGGUUUUCAAUUACGAGGAAACAAUUUAGUCUUAUCAGGGUUAAUUAAUAAUGGACAAAAAAAAGUUCAUGUGAAGGAGAACACUACAAAGAGUUACAACCUUAGUGUACUUAGCAUGGACAAGCUGGUCUAUGUGAAAAUAACGACACACAAAAAUGAAAUGCGUGUGUAUUUGUUCAAUGGAAGCAACAACAGCUAUAUUCACUGCUUAACUGUGAAGAAGCAAAUACCAAACGAAAAUUACAUAGGGUUCAGUGCUUUUAAUUAUAACGAGAAUGAACAGCUGCCUAACACCAAUGAAGAGAAAUAUGUUCCAACCUUCGUUGGGAUCACACACGUUUCAAUCUCAAGUAACAAUGUUGUCACUGACGAAGAGCAGGCAGAGUACUCAGGACAAGAAGAAGACUUAAUGGAUGCCAAUGUGGAGGAAGACAUCAGGAACGACUCAAGUGAUACUUCUAACGUACUAAACUCCAACCACCUCAGCAAAGAGGAAAGAGCCCACUCUCUAACCGAUACGCUGCAAAAUUUCAUUUCUAACAGAAAAAGUACUGAACAAAAAAUUUUGCAGAGUCUUAACGUGCUGCACGAGAAUCUUUUACUUGUACAAGCAGAGUUAAAGCAAGUGAAAAAAAAUAUGGUGAGCAAAUCUGAAGACCCAAAACACUUCCAUAAACUGUUCAGCACAGAAUUGAGUGACCUCAAAAGCUUAUUUCAUUCACAUGCACAACACAGCAAGCAGAACAUGGAAGACAUCACAGACAGGUUGACAAAACGAAUUAAUGAAAACCAAGAAUUGAAGCUUCUUGCGCACAAGGCCCAGCAGCUGGAAACUAUCAUUAGUAAGGGAAACAGUACGUCCUACUUUUUUUCGUUUGCCUUUGCUGUCCUCAUCAUUUUGACUCUCAUGUUGAUUUACAAAAAAAUUAGGGACGUUGAAAAGAAACAUAUUUUGUGA